CUGGGGCCAAGCACUUUGCCUGGCCUUGAUCCUGGUUGCAGAGGAGCUAUAAGUGACAAAGGUAGAACCGAGGCUGAAGAAUGUCGGACUAACACUCUACGAGAAACUCCUCAAGGUGGUGGGACAACUCAUAACUUCCGGCACUUCCACCAGUCGCAAUUGCACUUAAACCAAAGCCAAUUUAACCGCCACUACCACAACACUUAUUCUGAUCAACACCAAUCUCGAUGCCAUCUAGCUCAUCCAGAACAGACGAUGCUUCAUAUGCACCAGACGGUGGCCACACGAACUGUCGGCCGAAUAUUGCCGUCGUCAAUUAUGGUUGGCGAUCACGAGCCGGCAGCAGCUGGGAAUAAGACAGAAGGGGAGAAGGAUGAGUUCAAAGAUCUCAAUCUUGAUAAGCCACUGAGUUUAAUGAGCGUCGUUGAGGGUUUUGCUGCUAAGGGCUUUGUUGGCUCCGAUGAGGCUGGAGAGAUCUCAAGGGGGCCUGGUGUCUGGAGAGGGACUUCUAAGCACCGAGGUCCCAGGUGCCAUUGGACCAGUGGCCCUCGAACAGGUGAGCACAGUGAACUGGUAAUUUGA